UUGUUUUAGGCGGCAUUGCUUCCUGAAGGUUACCGUGAGGUGAGAGCUACACAGCCGCGGAGCGUCACUGCUGGGGUGUUGUGGCCAGGAGUGUUUGGCUUGUCUGUAGCGCUAGUGUUGGGCUCAGGAAGUAGUGAAAAGCUGAGGGAGAGGUGAAGUCUCUGUGGAGCCCGUAGGCUUAGCAAUGAAGAGGAUAUUUGGGUUCGGGAGUAAGAAGGGCGUGUCGCCCUUGGGCUCCGCUUCUGUUGGGCAGAAGAAUAAUAGGAUUGACAACUUCCUGAUGGGUUACCACGUCCGAGACAGAGAUCUCGGAAAGAUCCACAAGGCUGCCUGCGUGGGCAACGUAGCGAAAGUGCAGCAGAUUCUGUUCUUGGGGAAAAAUGGCGUGGAUGAUAGAGACAAGAUGAACAGGACUGCUCUUCAUUUGGCCUGUGCCAAUGGCCAUCCAGAAGUGGUGACCCUCCUAAUAGAGAGGAAAUGCCAUCUUAACCUCUGUGAUAAUGAAAACAGGACAGCUCUCAUGAAGGCUGUACAGUGCCAGGAAGAGAAAUGUGUAAACAUACUGUUGGAAAAUGGUGCCGAUCCAAAUAUUAGGGAUUUGAGUGGCAACACUGCUCUCCACUAUGCUGCCUUUGGUGAUAAUAUAUCCAUAAUAGAGAAGCUGCUGCUAUACAAUGCGAAUACUGAAGCAAUAAAUAAGGAUAACUUCACACCACUUCUAGUUGCUGUAAAUGAAAACAAACAGCAAAUAGUGGAAUUUUUAAUAGAAAAGGCAGCAAAUAUACAUGCAGUUGAUAAAUUAAAAAGCAAUUACGAAAUAAUUUGCAGACAUAAAGAAGAAAUCAUGCUUAAAAAUUCUUUGCAAAAUAGCAAUCCAGUAGAAGAUAAGAAUUCUGAGGAAGAUUCUUUAACCAGGCUUUCCGACAAACCUGGUAUUGAUGAUUCAUGGCCUACAUCAGAUAGCGAAGACUUGGAUUUUGGUACCAAGAAUGUCCCGAAACCAAGUGUAGCAAAGCUACUGCAUUCUUCUGGGCAAUUCAUGAAAAACAUGAGAGCAAAACGUGGCUCUGUGAAAGCAGAAGGUGGAACCUUAUCUGAGGACAAUAAUCCUGAUUCUGAAAAUGAAGAUGUGGGUGAAACUCUUUCCAAACCACCAACCAGAGAUUAUGGCGAUUCUCUUCCUAUUUUUCCAUCAGCUAAAUCUCUUCUAAAACCUUCUCUCAAGACGUUAGCUGUCCUUGGUCUUCCAAAGGAAGGAAUAGCAAAGUCAGCAGUGGAAGCAAAGGAAGAUGGUAUUGGUAUUAUUGAAAAUGUGCCACCAGAGCAAACAGUUAAUGACAGUUUGACUUCUGGUGGAGUGCAUAAAAAUUACAGAAGUGAUAUGAUGUCAGCAUUAGGAUUAGGAGAAGAGGAAGAUGUAGAAUCACCUUCUGAUCCUGAGAGUAUGUCUGAGAGUCCAAACAAAUAUGUUCCUCAUUUAUCUGGAGCUGUGGAUCAGAAAGGGCAAAGUAUAUUAAGUGGACAAGUAGAAGAUGUGUUUUAUAUACCUUCUUGCAUGAGUGGAUCAAGAAACUUUAAGAUGGCUAAACUAGAGGAUACAAGAAAUGUAGGCAUACCAGUAACCCACAUGGAUCCUCCUGACAAAUAUCCUCACUUGAAGCCUACCGUUGAAGUGGAAGAUUCUUUUUCUGAUAAAACAGUAGGAAUGAAGGAUAUACAGACAUCCAGAUCAGAUUUUUCGGAUUGGGAGUCUACUAGUUUGACCUUCGGUAAUGAGACUUGUCAAACAUCCAAGAAUUUGAAGGUUGAUGAUAAAUGCCCAUUUGUAUCACAACCAAUGAUCAAAAAUCAGUCAGCAUCCACAGAUUCUGGACCGAUAACCUUAGUAGAUAAAGAAAAGAUUAAUAUUGGAACUGUGCUGCUGUUAGGUAAUUGUACACUCCAUGACCUGAGUGAAUCACAGUUACCAGAAAACAGAGAGAGCAAAGAAGCAGACCUAGACUUAGAAUUAACAUCAGUGGAAGAGCGAGAAAGGCUUGAUGGAAGUGAAAAUAACCACCCACAGUAUCAAGUUCCAUUAAAGGUUGAAGAAAAAAAGAAGCACAGAAGUAGUGACAUGGAAGUAUCAGAAAACAUACAUGAUGCUGCAGCUGCUGGAUUAAUUCAACAAAGAAAGAAUGGAAAAACUGAUAACCAUCAAUUUCCUGUUACAGAAAAUAAAGAUUCUGAUAGUAGUGAACCUGGUUUACAUAUGAAGAAGUUAAAGAAAGGUGAAGAUGAAGAAGGGACAUCAGAAGAAUCUGUGAUCACACCAGUGUUGAAGAAGGCCGAUUCCCUAACUGGUGGUCUACUACAAAUGAAUGAGGGCAGCAGUUUAAGUGAAAAGGAUCAGCAUGAAAGCAGACCUGCAAAGAAAAUUUCUAAGAAAAAGAACAAGGUCAAAAAGCAAGUUACGUCUAUGGAUGACCUUGUCGACUUAAUUCAGUCAUCUGAAACAGCUUCAGAGGAUUGUGAGUUGCCUUACUCUAAGAAUUUCAUGUUGCUAAUUGAAAAACUUGGCACGGAUUGUAAAGAUACUGUUGGCUUCUUGAAAAUCCAAGAUAUAGUUUUUUCCUAUGAAAGAUUAAUGAAACUUAACAAAAGUCACUGUAAACUACUUACAGGAAAAAUUAAAAAAAUGGAAAAAACAGUUAGUGCACUACAAAACGAGCUACGAGAAGCAAAAGACAUGAAAUCACGGUUAGAGCAUCAAAAAGUGGAAUGGGAACAUGAAUUCUGCAGUUUGAGAUUUACUUUAAAACAAGAAGAAGAAAAAAGAAGAAAUGCUGAUAUGUUAUAUGAAAAAAUUAGGGAGAGGUUAAGAAGAAAAGAAGACCAAUAUAAUAAAGAAGUUGAAACAAAACAACAAUUUGAACUCGCUCUUAGAACACUAAACAUGGAAUUGAAGGCCGCGAAAAAUCAUUUGAAUCAGAUUGUAGAAAAGCGCAGUGACACUCAGUGGCAACUUUCUCCACAGAAUGCCAGAGAAUUCCAGGAUGGAAUUCUAAACAAUCACCUUUGCAAACAAAAGGAGAUAAAAACGGCUCAUAAGAAAACUAAUUCUAAGCUUUCUGAUAGUCAUGAGAAACAACAAGAUCUGUUGCAUAAAAACCACAUGUUGCAGGAUGAAAUUGCCAUGCUAAGACUGGAAAUAGACACCAUAAAAAAUCAGAACCAGGGAAAGGAAACGAAAUAUUGUGAAGACAUUGAAAUUGUAAAAGAAGAGAAUGACAAUCUUCAAAAGACCAUAAAACAGAAUGAGGAAACAUUAUCAAAAACAAUAUUCCAAUAUAGUGGACAGCUUAAUGUUCUGACUGCUGAGAUUGCAAUGCUAAACUCUAAACUAGAGAAUGAAAAACAAAAUAAAGAGAGCCUGGAAGCAGAAGUUGAAUCAUACCGUGCUAGACUGGCUACUGCUGUACACGAUCAUGAUCAGAGUCAGACAUCAAGAAGAGACCUAGAACUUGCUUUCCAGAGAGCAAGAGAUGAAUGGUUUCAUUUACAGGACAAAAUGAAUUUUAAUGUGUCUAAUCUACAAGAUAACAAUGAAGUUCUUUCUCAGCAACUUUCUCAAGUUGAAAGUAAACUCAAUGCCCUGGAAAUUGAGCUCCAUCACACAAAAGAUGCUCUCAGAGAAAAGACUUUAGUUUUAGAAUGUGUACAAAGGGACCUAAGCCAAACACAAUGCCAGAAGACGGAAAUUGAACACAUGUAUCAGAACGAACAAAGUAAAGUGAAUAAAUACAUUGCAAAGCAGGAAUCCUUAGAGGAAAGGUUAUCUCAACUACAAAGUGAAAAUAUGUUGCUUAGACAGCAACUAGAUGAUGCUCACAACAAAGCGGACAGUAAAGAAAAGCUAGUAAUUAAUAUCCAAGACCAGUUUCAGAAUAUCAUAAAAAAACUUGAAGCUAAAAGUGAAGAACAAGGUCUUAUGCUGGGAGAAAGAAAUAAAGAGUUAAUCGAUGAAUGUAAACAUUUAAAAGAAAGAAUGUAUCUUUAUGAAAAUGAGAAAGCAAAAAUAGAAGUAGUUAUGAGACAACUUCAACAAGAACUGGCUGAUACUCUGAAGAAACAGUCUAUGUCAGAGGCUUCCCUGGAGGUUACAUCACGUUAUCGUCUUAGUUUAGAAGAUGAGACACGGGAUCUAAAGAAGAAAUUAGGUCAAGUCAGAAGUCAGUUGCAAGAAGCACAGGAUCGACAUGCAGAGGCCGUAAGAUAUGCUGAGAAGACGAAAGAUCAUAUGCAAAAGCUAGAGGUUACAAAUACCACGCAAGAAGAAACCAUCAAACAGCAAGCGGCCCAAAUUCAAGAUCUUCAGAGCAACUUGUUAAGGACAAGUUUGUUGCAAGAAGCACAGGAUCGACAUGCAGAGGCCGUAAGAUAUGCUGAGAAGACGCUAGAGGUUACAAAUACCACGCAAGAAGAAACCAUCAAACGGCAAGCGGCCCAAAUUCAAGAUCUUCAGAGCAACUUGUUAAGGACAAGUUUGGCUGAUGACCUUACAACAAAACUGGAAACUACAUCUUCAAAAUGUCUACACCUGGAUGCAAGAAAUCAAGUUCUUCAACAGGAGUUAUUGUCAAUGAAAGCUUUAGGAAAAAAAUGUGAAAAACUAGAGAGCAAUAGCAAGAAGUUACAACAAGAAGUCGUAAAAUUGAAAAGUUUUAUGGAAAUGAAUAUGGUAGAACGCAGUCAAGUGGAACAGUAUAAACGGGAGAUUGAAGAAAGAGCACGACUGGAGAUAGUAGAAAAAUUAAAGGAAGUCAAUCUGUUUUUACAGGCACAAGCAGCAGCUCAAGAAAACUUAGACCAAUUAAGAGAAAAUGCUCAUGCUUCAAUGAGAAGUCAAAUGGAACUUAGAAUUAAAGAUCUGGAAUCUCAGGUCUCUACAAUGAAGACUUCUCAAGAAGAUUCUACUAAAACUGAGUUGGAAACAUACAGGCAACUCUACCUAGAAGAAUUAAAAGCUAGAAAGUCCUUGAGAAAUAAGCUGAACAGGACUAAUGAGAGACUAUCAGAGAUCAAUACAAAACUUCUGGUAGAGAGACAGCAGCACCAAACUUUACUCGGCACUCUUACUCUGAGGUCAGGCCUGGAACCACCUUAUUGUGGACAUUUUGAAAAUAAUUUAGUGCUUAAUAGAAAUCUUACUCCAAGAGGAAACUUAAUGAUUCCUACCUCAAACCCACGGCCGUCAUAUGACUACAGGGAGACUUCCUUGUGGAAGAUGCAGUGGGAGUUGGAAAAAAGUAUAACCAGAGCACUGGAAGAAGCUGCUACUGAAUUUGAAUCAGGAUCCUGUAGAACUCCUUUAGUAUCUACUGAUGAUUCAAUUCUAAAUCAAGACCUGGUAUGGAAAGCGUCACAAGAAUAUGUAAAGAUUUUGAACAAAAAUUAUAUGAUUUGAAAAAUAGAAAAAAUUUACUGGAUGCUUACAAAACAUUUUCAUUGUUUCCCAAUUGAACACACUAUAUGGCAAAAUCUUGAUUAAAGGAAAAUGUUUUUGUAUCAUAUGUGUGUGAUGAAAAUCUGUAUAAUAUUUUAAACUAUGCUUCUUGGCAUCUCAUUAACUUUUAAGCACAUUUUGUACGUGGAAACCAGCACUAGAGGGUUUUACAUACUUCAGACCGCUCCACUACCAGCUGUUUGAACAGCACCCAAACAACCAAGUUGCCAUUAAUACUUCAGUAGUGUUAAUGGAUGGCUUUUGUAUUUUCCAAUUUUUGUUACUAUAUGUGGACCUAAAGAUUUAGACAUUAUUUUGAUGUAUUCCUGCUAUGGCUAUUGCCAAUGUUUGUAUGUAUUACAAUUUUUUAUAAUGCCAUAAAACCUAUGUAUAAUUGUAAACACUGAUUCAUAGCUCUUUCCACAUGGAGAAAUAAAAUUUGUCUAAGGCUUUUCA